AUGCCUAUUGUGCAUUCCCGCAGGAAACACCUACAGGAGAUUCCCGACCAGGGUAGCAACGUUGCCACGAGUUUUACGUGGGGAUGGGACUCGAGCAAGUCUUCUGAACUGUUGUCAGGCAUGGGAGUCUCCACCCUGGAGAAAGAGGAGGCGGACAGUGAGAACAUUCCCCAAGAAUUGCUCUCAAGCCUUAGUCCCCCACAAAAACGACUGAAGAAAAAAGCGAGUGACAAGGACUUUGUGAUCAUCCGAAGACCUAAGCUAAAUCGAGAGAACUGUCCAGGCGUGUCUUGGGACUCCCUCCCGGAUGAGCUGCUCUUGGGGAUCUUUUCCUGCCUCUGCCUCCCUGAACUGUUGAAGAUAUCCAGUGUUUGCAAGAGAUGGUAUCACCUGGCGUUCGACGAGUCUCUGUGGCAAACCUUAGACCUCUCUGGUAAAAACCUGCACCCUGACGUGGCUGGUCAGCUGCUGUCUCGAGGCGUGGUAGCUUUUCGCUGCCCACGAUCAUUUAUGGACCAACCCUUAGUUGAAAAUUUCAGCCCUUUCCGGGUGCAGCACAUGGACCUGUCGAACUCCAUCAUUGAGGUGUCCGCCCUCCUGGGUCUUCUGUCUCAGUGCUUCAAACUGCAGAAUCUGAGCCUGGAAGGCCUGCAGCUCUCGGACCCUGUGAUCAAUAUCCUUGCACAGAAUUCGAACUUGUUGCGGCUCAACCUUUCAGGGUGUUCUGGAUUCUCUGAGUUGGCCUUGAAGACCUUGCUAAGCAGCUGCUGCAAAUUGGACGAGCUGAACCUCUCCUGGUGUUUUGACUUCACGGAGAAACACGUGCAAGUGGCCGUGGGGCAUGUUUCUGAGACCAUCACCCAGCUGAACCUUAGUGGUUACCGGAAGAAUCUUCAGAAAUCAGAUGUCUCUACCUUAGUUGGAAGAUGCCCCAGUCUUGUCCACCUAGACUUAAGUGACAGUGUCUUGAUAAAGAAUGACUGCUUUGAGGAAUUUUACCGUCUUAACUACCUCCAACACCUGUCGCUCAGCCGGUGCUAUGAUAUAAUACCUGAAACUUUACUUGAACUUGGAGAAAUUCCUACUCUAAAAACACUACAAGUUUUUGGAAUCGUGCCGGAUGGUACCCUUCAACUGUUAAAGGAAGCCCUUCCUCAUCUCCAGAUUAAUGGCUCCUAUUUCUCCACCAUUGCCAGGCCAACCAUUAGCGACACUAAGAAUCAGGAGAUGUGGGGCAUCAAAUGUCGGCUGUCAAUUCAAAAGCCCAAUUGUCUAUGAAGUAUUUAUUCCUGGAUGAUGUAUCUUCUUUGGAACAGGGAAACAGGCAGGAAGCCCAUUUGCUGGAGCACUCAACUAUUUUUAUCCUUGAUUUUUCCCUAUGCCUUCACCCUCCAAGUAUAUUUGAAAAACCCUUUAAGAGAAAACUAUGAUAUAUAGUCUGUUUUAAAUGACUGUUAAGAGCUGUCACUGCUCAGCCUUUAAAAGCCUAAAUGCUAGGCCUUGUGAAGUUUUAGGAGAGCAAACCUGUAACUUUAAGAUUGCUUAAAGAACAAAUUUUGAGCCACCUCUUUCAAGUGCCCUUCUUAUUUAAUCUAUUUCGAAUCGAGUUUACAGAUUAUCAGGCAAUCAUCUUUCUAGCCUCUGUUAACUUACGUUUCUUGUAUUUAAUCUGUCACUAUCUUUUUAUGAAACGUAAGUUGGAAGAAUAAUAAGCUGUUUGUCUUGAGUUGAACAGAAUCCUAGGACAGUAGCAGCUAAAUAAAGCAAGUUUUUCUGGGGCUAGAAUAUUAUGUAUCUCAACUUUGCCUUUAGAUGGGAAAUUUGAUUAAUGGAAAUAGCACCUUAAAACCCAAAUUAAAAGCCAAAAAAUAAUUUUUUUUAAGAAAUUGGUAAAACAUUUGAAAGCCUAAGAGACAAUUUUUUAUGUCAGGUAUAAGGAUCUCUAACACACAUAAAUCUCUAAUGUACC